AUGGGUUCUAAUCAAAAGAAGGACAAGCCGUGGAAACGAAUUUCUGCUUUAUUUCAUGAAAGGAUUUCCAAUAUUUGUAAUGCUCAGAGGACUCUGAAGUCUCUCUCAUGCCGAAUGCAAUUAAUUAUGAAGACCAUCAGUAAAUUUCGAGGAUGCAUUCGACAAGUCGAGCGCCUAAAUCCAAGCGGUGCUUCUGAGCUUGACAUUAUUAAACGUGCUAGGAUAAUAUUUGCAGAAGAUCCAAAAGAGAAAAAGGGGUUUCUAUUUGAUCAUGUUUGGUCAAUUUUAAAAGAUGCAGAGAAAUGA